UGAUCCAUUCAGGUGCAUUCAGAGUACGAAUAAAAAAAAAUCGAAUCUUUUAUUUUUAACAUUGAUUGUCUUUCGUUAUUUGGAUUAUGAAUUAUCAACAACAAUAAAAAAUGUCUACCAAUUGUCCUGGAAUUUAUUGUGGCCGUAUUUGGAUCAAUGAUUCUUGGAGCAAUUGUAUGGCAUGUCCUCGUGGAUUUCGUUCAAACAACGAUCACAUUUGUGAACAAUGUAACAAUGAUCUACAGCUUUAUGAUUGGAUUUACUUAUCUUUUAUGGUCGUAAUAUUCGUAUUGAUUCAGUUGUAUUUUGUUGACAAGAGUACCAGAUCGGAUAAGCUGAAUUUUGUUUCAAUGACAUUUUUCACUGUCAUUUUUGGUGAAACAAUAUUGGCAUCUAUUCUUUCGGUACUUUUGUCCAAUGAUUGGAAAUUAGAAUUGAAAACUUGUGGUGUCAAAUCGUUUUCCGAUUGGUAUACACUUUUCUAUAAUCCAUCAUUGAAUGAACAUUUUCAUUGCACCAAUGAAGCUGUAUAUCCACUAUAUUCAAUCGUAUUCCUAUUUUAUCUGAUCUCAUUGGGAUUUGUAUUGAUUCGUCAUUUUUAUCUUCGUAUAGUUAGUUGUAUUAUAUACUUAUUAACAUCAUCUAGCCAAAUCAAAAAUCUUUAUUCGAAAAAUUUCCUAACUAAAAACAUUUAUUAUGUUUUGUAUUCGAUCCCGGCAUUAAUGUUCACACAUGCCAUGUUUGCUGGUGUUAUUUAUUAUAUUUUUCCAUAUUUAUUAAUCAUCGGUUCGGUUAUAUCUAUUGCAAUUCAUUUUUCCUAUCACAUUGAUCAAAGCUAUCAGUAUCUAUUUCAUGCAAUGUUUCAUUUUCGAAAUUUAAUCAUUGUUUUGUGUCAUUGGUCAUUGCAUAUAUUCGGUAUUGUAUCGAUAACCGAAAUGAAGAGCAAUUAUGAUUAUCUAUUAUUGUUAUUGGUACCAUUUCCAACAUUAUUCUAUAUAUUUACAUCAAAAUUUAGUGAUCCAUCAAAAAUUUGAUUUUUGUUGUUUUCGUUUUAAAGAUUUUAUU